AAACAAUUUUGUUAUAGGGAAAUUUUUAAAUUUUUUUAAUAUAUAUUUUUGUACCUGUAAAAAUGCCACCCAAAAAACGUCGACAAGCAAAAGCGUUACCACAAGCUAAACGCGCAAGACUUCAAAGCAGUCCAACUCCAGCUUUAUGUCUCUUAGACUUACCCUCAAGCAUUUUGGAACUUAUAUUAACAAAAACCUCUUGGGCUGGUCAACAGUUGCUGCGAAGUUCUAGCAAGCAGUUGAAAUUGGAACUGACUGCAUUUAUAAUCCAUAAAUAUACAUCACUUGCACAGCCGAUUCUACAGCAGCCAGCUACAAGCAACAGUGAGCGCGAGCUACAAAUUGGUUUGCGCGUACUCGGUCUGGCUUCAGAUAGCUUUCUUAGCUGCGGCUAUGUAACUCGUGAUUUUGAACAAAUUUAUGCACUCCGUAUUUCGGAAGGAAAGUAUUUGCGAACAAUUUUACGCGAGUAUUACAGCGGUAUAGUCAAAUUUCGCGCGACAACGGUGCAAGCACGGAAUGAAUUCCAGCGGCGUCGGUUGCUUUAUACCAUAACCCUAUUGAAUCUAUUGAGAAGCUUUGGACAGUUUAGUAAAGUUAGCUCUGGCAUGAACCUUAUGCAUUGGGAAUUAAAUCUAGAAAUAAAAGGUGUCUAUGUAAUAGUCCGAAAUAUUUACGAUACUUUUCAGCAUGGUCAUCUUGAGAAUAAGCUCAUAACUUUUCUUAGCAUUAUGGCCGAACUAUUGACCUAUGAAAUGUACGGUAAAUCUGUAAGGUGCACUAUUCCAUUCACUAGUAGUGGUUAUCUUGCAUAUGGUCUGCAAAGCACUCCGAAUCAAUGGUACACCAAAAUCAAGCUACGCGUGCUUUCGCCGCCGCCUGUAAGAAGUCUAAUAGAGGCUGCAGUUGAGGGUAAUGCGGAUGCAAUGAGAGUUCUGGAUAUGCCAUAUGAGGAUCGAUUUAGCAUGCUUUUGGAGAUUAAGAGUCGAGCCUGGUCGCCUCUAUUAAUGGGAGAUAGCGCAUUGAAAAUGUGCAUCUUGCCUUUGAAGUAGGCUAACACAAGCCACAACUAUUGUGCUUGGCUCAAAGCACAAAGUGUGCUCAUUGUAAUGCACUCAAUUCACCGUUCUCUCAAUCUCUGUCUCGGUCAUUGGCCGCGAGCUUGUUACUGUUUCCGCAUUGUGCUUUUGUAAACAUUCAUCGUUUGAUCGUCGUCAAUAGCGCCUCGAGCUUAUAGCUGCACAUUUCAACUUCAACAUUCAGUUUAAGAUGAUGUCAUUCAAGCGAAAUAAACUUUUGGUGUACUCAGUCAAUGUUUUGGUCUUUGCAUUUAUUAUAGCAGUCUACCUGCUGGCCUAGACCUAUGCGACUUUGAGCGCUUGCGACCAGAUCAAUUUUCAUUUCCUAUAGUAUACACAAGAUAUGCAAUGCUUAACUGUUGCUGAGUUUUCAGAAAUGUAAUCAAAACGCAACCAUAACAAUAAAAAAUAUCUACAAA